AUGAAUGACCCGGGACUUGACGACGCCAUUGCUGAGGAGUCAGAAGUUCUAGAUCAACAUCCCUCCCAAGGCCGCCGGGAAAACAACAGUACCGUUUCCGAUAGCAAUGGAAAGCCAUACCAACAAGACUCAUCGAACUCUUUGUCAGCCCGAUGGUGGUUCGCAAGCACGGUUUAUCCUUUGACAGCUGGAACGUUUGGGCCAAUGGCAAGCGCAUUCAACGUAUGUUGUCUAGCACAAACAUGGAGGAUGGUUCCAGAUGCCCAGGGCGGAUAUCUCAAUGUUACUGAUCCAAAAUGGGUCACCUCCGUGAACGCACUAUCGCUGCUGUUUGCUCUAAUCGCCAACCUCUUCCUGUCGUUGAACAUGGCACGUCGGGUUCAAUUCAGAUUAACCCAGCCAAUCAUUGUGAUUGGAUGGUUCCUCUCUUCCGCGCUAUUGAUUGCCAUCCUUAUCCCGUUUGGAGUGAUGAUGUACAGACCCGAGAACUCGAAUCACAUUUACAGCCAGGCAUACUUCUAUGGUGCCUUCGCCGCGGGUAUAUACUUUAUCAUCGCGUGUUUGUCAACGGUAACCGCAUACGGAGCCUAUAGAGGUCACUACUCCCGUGAGUACAAAUUGAGCACGAGCCAGCGAACUUUGAUGCUGCAGACGAUUAUCUUCUGCAUAUAUCUUCUUGCAGGCGCUGCAGUCUAUUCAAAGGUUGAAGGCUGGCGGUUCUUGGACGCGGUCUACUGGGCGGAUUACACCCUGUUGACCAUCGGCAUUGGCAACUUUGCCCCUUCUACUCAUCUUGGUCGUGGCCUGCUUUUCCCAUACGCUGUUGGUGGAAUUGUGAUCCUUGGUCUUAUCAUCUCGUCAAUACGAACGCUCAUGCUGGAACGGGGACGUCAAAUAAUGGCCAAUUCCCUGGCUGCACGAACUCGCAGGUUUCUUGUAAAACAGGCGACCUCGGACAAUAAUCGGCUUCGUGGUCUCGUGCCAGACUUACCGCCUCGCGAUCAAGAAACGGACGAGAUCACUGAGCGCGAGCGACAAAAACGAGAAUUCAUUACCAUGCGAAGGAUUCGGCAAGUCGCUACUGUGCAGCAUAAGUGGAUUUCACUCGCCAUUUCCUUGACAGUAUGGAUGGCCAUGUGGCUCAUCGGCGCGGUAGUAUUCUGGCGAUCCGAGCAAAGUCAAGCAUGGACAUACUUCGAGGCACUCUACUUUGCCUACACAAGUCUCUUGACCAUCGGAUACGGAGACAUAUAUCCUGAAAGCAGUCUAGGGAAAUCAUUUUUCGUUUUCUGGUCCCUGCUCGCCGUCCCCUCAAUCACCAUUCUCAUUUCCAGUAUCGGCGACACACUUGUUCGGUUCAUCCGGGAUCUAACCCUUUAUAUUGGUGAAUUGACCAUCCUCCCCGGCGAUGAGCCCUUCUCGGACCGCCUCAAAGACAUUUUCCGCAUGUCCUGGUCCGACAAAUGGGUGGAAGAAACCCUCGGCGAGAGAUCCACUGAUGAUAUCUUGAACGAGAAAAACGAGAAAAGGGACCCCGAAAAAGCCAACGGCGAAGCAACCCGCUAUUUCGAAGCAGAAGAGCGCAAGAGACAAGACUCAGCCCAUGCCCGCGGUGAUGUUGCAGGUGAAAGCCUACAUCACUACCAUUACCUUCUCUUCCACGAAAUCCGAAAGAUGAUGGAGUACACCAACUCCAACAAAAACAAGGAAUUCGAUUACCUUGAGUGGGAGUAUUACCUGGCUCUUAUCUCAGGUAAACAUCGGCCUGCAUCUGUAGCUGAUGAACUCAAGAACUCGAGUGAUGAGGAACGAGCACGCGCAUUGAAAGAAUGGAGCUGGAUUGAUAAGCGAAAUCCGUUAAUUGGGGAGAAGAGCGAGGUUGAGUGGUUACUUCAUGAGUUAACUGAAGCUCUUGAGAGAGAAUUGCGUCGUUCUAGUCGAGGAAAUGUUUCUGAUGGGUCAGAGGACAGGAGUUUCCAGAGGAGGAAAUCAGGUUCUUCGGGGAGUAAAAGUGGUUAG